CUACGUAACUCGGCUCGCCACUCUCAUUACACCUUGCAAGUUGAGGAGCUCCCGAUUUAUUUUUUCAUCUGUGAAAUUUCUGCUCCUCCAAGUGUACACUUCACUCACCUUCACCUGUCGAUCGGACACCUUUCAGACACCAGGGAAUAUCAGAGCCAUGCAGAUCUUCAGACGCGGAAACCUCAACUGUGUGCUGGGUUGCUACAUCCUGGUAUUCGCCCCAAUUUUCUGCUUCAUUUUUGGCCGUGUGGAUUUUGGAUCGUCUCCGCCCACAGAGAAUAUUGGGGUCAUACUAGCCCCAAAGCACUUUUGGAAUUAUAGCUCGGGAGCUGAAGUCAGUCACACCCCGUCCCAGAUCUCCAAGUGCUUGGAAAAUGAAAACCUGGUCAUUCCACGUCAUAUUCCGGCGGAUCACCAGCUCUUCCUCCGGUACAGGCACUGUCGGGAAUUCCCACGGCUGCUGACCCCCAGGGCCUGCGACCAUGACCUGUUCCUCCUUCUGGCUGUUAAGUCCACCGCCGCCCAAAUCGACCGCCGGAUGGCCCUCCGGAACACAUGGGGCGAAGAGGGGACCAUCGCGGGCAAGAAAGUGAGACUGGUGUUCCUUUUGGGCAGGUCCCAGGACACUGUGAAGGGCUACGCCCUGCAGAGGCUCCUCAAGUACGAGAGCAGGCGGUUCGGUGACAUCCUCCAGUGGGACUUCAUGGACAGCUUCUUCAACCUCACCCUGAAGGAGGUCCACUUCCUCCGCUGGUUCAGCCAAGAGUGCCAGACGGCCCAGUUCGUGCUGAAGGGGGAUGAUGACGUCUUCAUCCACACAAGAAACCUGCUGCAGUUCCUCCAGGACAAGAGCCCAUCCAAUCACCUGUUCACUGGUGACAUCAUUGAAAACGCCUGGCCAAUUCGCGGACGCAGACUGAAAUACUUCAUUCCAGUGGAGAUGUUCCCCCACAAACAGUACCCACCGUAUGCAGGAGGGGGUGGUUACCUCAUGUCCCGUCGGACCGUGAUUGGUCUAAACCAGGCAGCCCAAGGGACCGAACUGUUCCCCAUUGACGACGUCUUUGUGGGUAUGUGUCUGCAGAAGAUGAACGUGACAUUGGUCUUCCAUGAUGGCUUCAAAACCUUUGGGUACCGCCAAAGUGUCACCCCAUUCAACCCUUGCAUCUACAGAGACCUCAUGCUGGUCCACAAACUCAACCCCACAGAAAUGUGGAGCAUGUGGUCAAUGGUCAACGACCCAGACUUGACCUGCUUCAAAAGAUCCAUCAAACCAUGAAGGACAACCUGGACUGCAGACUUGGUACAGUAAUUUAAGGCGAUCCAGAACCCUUCAAAAAACAGCUCCUCCACUAUCAACUUUACAGAACCCAAAAUUCAGGAGAAAGAACCACUGGGUGCCAUAAAGGCCAGGUGGCAAAAAGUGUUCAUGGUGUCUGCGACUUCCCGCGGCCUGUUGACACCUCUGUCCGAGAAGCAAGAUUUCUCAGAUUGCGUCCUCAGUGGAAAGAGCUGAAUCUGCUGCUCUAGACUGUGCCCAGAAUAAUGUUUGGUUAUGUGCGAAGAAAGAGACACAUAUACAGUCCCCUCCAAAAGUAUUGAAACAGCAAGGCCAAUUCCUUUGUUUUUGCAAUACACUGAAUACAUUUGGGGCUGAGAUACAAAGAUGAACACAAGACAAGAGUUCAGAAUUUCAGCAUUUAUUUCCUGGUAUUUAUACCCAGAUGUAUUCAACUACUUAGAACAUAGCACCUUUGGCAUCAGACCACCCAAUGUUUUGGUGAGCAAAAGUAUUGGAACAGAGAGUAUUUGGCAGUAGGGAGAGCACUGCCAAACCUUAUUUGGGCAAACUAGGGGUGCUGUGGAGUGUGGAAGGCUUGCUCAAGAUUGUAUUUAGGGGAAGACCAAAGUGACAUUCGGGGAGAAUCUGCUUAACAGUUCUCCUGGUACCAUAUUCCCUACUGUACAGAAUAUGUGGGCAUUCAUCAAAAUUCACUUUGUGUUCUGUUUCUUUGUCUUAGUUUGUAAGUCUUUUCUCGUAAUAGUGGUCUUUGUCUUGCUUUGUAAUAAAAUGUUCAUAUUUUCCAUCAUUGAAA